AAGUUGACAGCUCUGUGGCUGAGCUGCCAUAUGUGUAAUCCCUUCUCGAGAAUGUGGUGUUGUGUGCUUCUGACUCUGCAGACAGUAUGUAUAAAGGACCUGUCAAACGCACUGUGCUUUCUUUACAAAGAAAAGGGGGUGGUAAAGCAGCUCUGGUAAGGGUGGUGCAUCGGUCACACUCUCUCUCACACACAUACUGUAUGCCCUGACACUCACAAAAACUUCCUGACACUCACACCACCCUGACUUCCUUCUCUGUGGAAUGUUUUUACCUGAUCCAUCAGAAGCGAAGUUGGCGUCUCAGGUUCCCUCUAACUCUACCAUGUCCGACAAGCUGGAAACCCUGUCCAUCAAAUUUACCCUGUUGUCCAUCUAUAGCCUGGUCCUGGUCAUUGGGGUCAUCGGGUUGGCCCUGAUGAUCCACAUCCUCCAAUCCAACAUGCGGUCAGUCAUCACCAUCGCUAUGCUCAACCUCACCCUGGCCCACUUCCUGUUCCUACUCACCGUACCCUUCAGGAUCUACUACUUUGCAGCUGGUUACUGGAUGUUGGGGGAGAUGCUGUGUAAGGUGGUCAGUGCCAUGAUCCACGUGCACAUGUACAUGGCUUUUGUUUUCUACGUGGUCAUCCUCGUCAUACGACUGCUGGGGUUCCAUAGCAAGAAGGAUCGCUACGAGUUCUACAGGAAGUUGCAUGCUUUUGGCGCCAGUGUGGCAGUGUGGACAGUGAUGUUUGUGGUCAUCCCCCCCAUCCUUUAUUUCAAAUACGGCAAGGACUUCCACGAUAACACCACCAACAACAAGACAAACACAAUGUCCGACAAUUACUCCCACUGUUUCCAGUUCGGCAACCACCUGGAAAAACACAAUGUUGCCAAGGUGCUGAACUACAUGAUGAGCUCUGUGAUCAUCAUUGUGGCCUGUGUGCUGACGGCACUGCAGUGUCAUGUCAUGGUCCUUCUGACCAGGAAGUAUGGGCGAGACUGCAUGUCUCACCAGGAGUUCUGGGCUCAGCUGAAGAGCCUGUGUUUUGCUUUGGUGCUGCUGGUGUGUUUUGUCCCCUAUCACGUGUUCAGGAUGUACUACCUGGGACACAUUAACCUGCAGAACAUUAACGAGGUAUUCCUCAGUCUCACGGCCUUCAGCUGUUUCGACAUGCUUACCUUCCUAAGGAGGGGACACUGCUAUAUGUGUAACAGAGCACGGACUGUGUGACCUCUUCUCACACAAACUCAGAGCCGAAACCUUGCUGUAAGAGCGUUUCCUUUUUAAACAGUACUUUAGCGCCAUCUGCUGCUUAUUCAUAUAGCUACACAAGAGAGUAUGUCUACUAUAGACUUCACUAUAAUUUAUUUAUAAUCUUAUUGGAAUUUAAAAUAACUUCUGCCAAUGAUGUUUCUCUCUAUAUGCCGAUUUCACUGUUUGCUCAAACUAUUUGUAAGGGCGAGAUCUGGCUACAUGGUCCACAUAUUGUUAAAAAUAAAUGCAUUGCUAAAAUGUUA